AGGAUGCUCGCGGGCGCGGGGGCGCCCGUCGCGGGCGCGCCCCCGUGCUGGGAGCAGGUCGCCGGGGCGCCCGCGGCGGAGGACGGCCUCGCUGGCGUGCCGCUGGACCCGGUCUUCCUGGCCGCGCGCGUGGGCGGUCUGAAGAUGACGGAGCUCCUGGCCGAGGACUCGGGCUACGGCCUCGGAGUCGCCCAGGAGCUGCCCAUCGCGCCAGACCUCACGCCGCAUUUCUUCCCCAAGCGGGACGGCGGCGGCGAGGCCUCCGGCGGUGACGCCGCGGCGGCGCCGCCGCCCUGCAGCGCGGCCGCGCCGCGCCCGGUGUGGGCCUGGCAGCGGCUGCGCCCGCUGGAGCUGGCCGUGCUGCACCGGCGCGCGGACAUGGCGGUGCUGCUGGCGCGGCUGGGCGACCUGCUCCACACCGUGGACCACGUCGCCAUUAGCCCCCCCGACCACUACUCUGUGACGGAGGCCUGCUUCCGGGGCCUCACGCCGUUGCACCUCUGCGCCGCGGCAGGACCUGCUCACGGCGACGUGCACUAUGUGCUGGGCAACCGCCGAAACGGGGGGCGACCCAGAGAAGGAGAGCCCUGGCUUUGGCGCGACCUCACGCCGCUCCACCUGGCCAUCCUCUCCAAGAGCCACGACGUGGCCGAGCUCCUGGUGGAGACGUCCACCCCGGACAGCCUGGCGGUACCCUGCGCCUUCAAGGACCCCCCCUUGGGGGACGUGUCUGCGGAUACGGAGAGGAACUUCAGCCCGCUCUUGCUCGCUUUCGAGCGCGAUUUCACACGGCUCCACAGGAAGAUCGCGAGGAAGUCUCCAACGUGUUGACUCCUGCCCGAGCUGUCUCCGGCGUAGGCGCAGAGGCACUGACUAGCGCCGGCAGGCACCCGCGUGCCCGGAAACAAUGUGGCACAAUCGUGCUUGCUGGGACCUGGCGCCGCUGCCGUGACCUUGAUUCGUCGA